AUGACAACACUGCUGCAACACAGCAACGGCUGGCACCCGGGUGAGAAAGCCAUCCACAGUCUGCUCAAGGUGCCCACGUCAGGCCGCCAAAACCCCACAGCUUCUGGCUUGCCCGCUUCGUAUGCUCACCGUGUUACCGUAUCGUCUCUCCUGGCCGUCGGGACACUGGACGACCAAGGGAGGCCAUGGACCUGCAUCUGGGGUGGCGAACGCGGCUUUGCACGCGCGGUAGCUCAAGACAUUCUCGCCAUGCAGAGCCUAGUCAACAAGGCCCAUGACCCGGUCGUAGAGGCCCUGCUGGGUAGCGUGGCUGACGGAGAAGUCCUCCAGCCCGAGGACGGCACGACCAUGAGCGCUCUGAGCAUCGAUCUCGAAACCCGGGACCGUGUCAAGCUGGCUGGAAAGAUGGUCGUUGGCUCUGUUGCUACGCGACAGGGCGGCGGAGACAUCGCGGAAGCACAGCUCGCGAUGCUUGUCCAAGAGAGCUUGGGUAACUGCCCAAAGUAUCUCAACCGCAAGACCGUCCGCGCCCAUGUCCCCUCGCCCCACCUGGUCUCGUCCGCUCUGCCUCUUCCAUCAGAAGCCCUGGCUCUGAUCCAAAAGGCGGACAUGUUCUUCCUCUCAUCAACCAACGGGCAGACUAUGGACACGAACCAUCGUGGAGGCCCCGCGGGGUUCGUGCGCGUCGUGAGCAACUCGCCUAUUGAGGACGGAGGGAACGGCGACGGUGUAGUCUUGGUCUACCCAGAAUACUCCGGCAACCGUCUCUAUCAAACCCUUGGCAACCUGCAUAUCAACCCACUGGUUGGCAUUGUCAUCCCUGACUUCGAAACCUCCGAUGUCCUGUAUCUCACCGGCGAGACACAAGUGCUCGUCGGCUCCUCUGCGGCUGCAAUCAUGCCGCACACCAGCCUCGCCGUCAAGAUCAAGCUCCGUUCGGCGCGCUUCGUCAAAGACGGCCUGUCCUUCCGCGGCACCACAGGGGAGCCCAGCCCGUACAACCCUCCAGUCCGCCGACUAGCGAGCGAACGUCCGCCUUCAUUAGUCGAAUCAAUACAGACCUCCCCCCUUGCAACAGCAACCCUCGUCCGCAGGGAGCCCCUCACACCGAGCAUCGCCCGCUUCACCUUCCGCAUGCGUCAACAGCAUGGCGUGAAGCCGUGCACGUGGCAGGCAGGGCAGCACAUAACCCUCUCCUUCGCAUCAGAACUCGACAUGGGCUGGAGCCACAUGAACGACGCCGAUCCGCAGAGCUUGAACGACGAUUUCGUCCGGACCUUCACCAUCUCCAAUCCCCCACCGUCAGCACCACUGUCGGCGCGCGAAAUGGCGGAAGGCGUCGAGGUACAGCUGACUCUCCGCAGACACGGCGCAGCGACAAACCUGCUCUUCGCCCAUCCGCUUCAUGCGACGGCUGCGCCGCUGGAGGUGCCGGUGCUGGGAAUCGCCGGGGAGGCGCGGUUUCGCAUCGCUUCUUCGACAGGUGAUCAUGCGACUACCAAGAAGGCGGUGUUUGUGGCAGGCGGGAUAGGCAUCACGCCUCUUUUGGCGCAGGCGCCUGGUUUGUUGGCGGCGUCGUCAUCGGGACAAGGGCGGCAGCGCCUUGAGGUGCUAUGGAGUCUGCGAGCGGAGGAUUUGGUGUUGGCGGUGGAUGCAUUUGAGUGGAUUCCUGGGCUGGGAGACGUGACGAGGGUAUUUGUUACGGGCGUCCAUGAAGGCAAUGGCGAUAAUGAUGCGACGAUUGGCAGGCUGAGGAAGCUAGGAGCGCGGGUUGAUGUUAGGAGGAUCGGACAGGCGGAUGUGCUUGAGGUGAGGGAUACUGAGAGAGGGACGAGGUAUUUUGCUUGCGCCAAUCCAAGGUUGCUUAUAUCGGUAAUGGAGUGGCUUGCGGAAGAGGAAGUUGCGUUUGAGAGUUUCGAGUAUUGA